AUGGAGUAUCGUGCUGCGAAAUCGGGAUUAGCUCGUGACGUGCAGAAGCGAAUAAACGAGAAGUAUAGCCCCACGGAGGCAGCCAAAGUCCUCAAGUGGAUUCGUCUUCUUCCAACAGCGGCGGGGAUUCCACAGGAGCUCGUCACAUCAGCCCAGGCGAUUCCCGAGGAUGUUGAGUCUGCCUCGACAGAAGAAUUUUUCAACUUCCUGAGAUCGGGACUUGUUCUUGGUUACAUUAUUGGAUGCCUGAAGCCAGACGAGGUGACACAACGCCUGGGUAAAACUCUCUGGAAGGUCUCAGACAAGCCGAUGUUUGAGACGAGCCGACAACGUGAAAGGAUCGGGGCGUUUCUUCAUUUUUGCCAGGAAAUGGGAGUCGGUUCAGCAUCGUGCUUCCAAACUGAUCAGUUGUACGAGCAAACGAAUCUCCCACAAGUUAUAAUCUGCCUUUCUCAACUGGGUGUUGAAGCACAGGCAAAACCGGGCUACGUGGGACCGGAGGGAUACUGGAUGCAGCGUCAUACGGAGAAUAAGCGCAAUUUCACAGAGGAACAACUGAGGCAAGGAGAAACCAUAAUGAAACUGUAG